GUAUAAAUAUAGUAACACUCUGAAAAGGAAACAGCCUUUACGCUGUUGCUUGUUGUUUGACUAUGAGUGUGAAGUGGGCACUGGAAGCUCUUCUCCUGGCAUCUGUCGCCACCUAUGCCGUCGAAGCUCAAGGCGCUACCUGCGCAAAUACAAGGUGCCAAAGCGGCUAUCAAUGCGUAUUGGUAGAGCCACAAAACUGUGUUGGUUGCCCUAACGUUCCUCGAUGCGUCCAACAACAGUGCAAUACCGGCUGUUACCUACCUUGCGGAUUCUAUCAAAGAUGUGUCCUAGUG